UGAAAGAAAGGAAAAACACUAAAUAAUUAAGCUUAAUUAGUGUCUGAACUAAAAAUAAAUGGUGAGGGAGGAGAGAGAAGAAAUGGAAAUGCAAAUGGGACCACUCAUAGAAAGACCCCACACUCGUUUGCUUUAGUGCGCAUUGUUUUUGUACCACUAGAAAUUUCAAACUGUCCUCAUAAUACUAUAACCCAUAAAAAGCAUACAAUAAGCUCGAGGUCUUAGCCAGCAACAUACAUGGCUCUGCACAAUUCAUAGCAUACUCAUAGUUUUCAUGUAAAAUGCUUCACUCCAUUACCUCUCUCUUCCUGCUAUUGCUUCCUUGAGAUCUCUGGGCAAUAUUGAUGCAAGAUAAUAACACCAAGAAGCCCAAAUCAAGGAAGGCUUGGUACCAUAAGGCAAAAAUGCAGGUGGCGAAUUUGUGGCGGAUUGUUCUGAGGCCCCCGCCGCCCUCCGCCGACCACUGCUCUGCCGCCUCUAAAUAUGCAAAGCUCCGCAAAUGCUUCAGCACUUCUUCCUCCGCUAAAACCCCAGCCGCCGCCGCCGCCUCUUCAGGGUCCAUCUAUUACUAUACAGCCCCGGCCUCUGUAACCCCACCUCGGACACCACCGCGGACGCUUUCAUACCCGUCGUCUCUCACCAGAAGCUUCCUCUGCGCUCCCGUCGCCUACACCGGCGGCGCCGCCACCGGGGAUCAUGGGGUUCUUCCUCCCAGGCGGAGCAGCGCUGCGGCGGCGGCGGCGGCGAGGGAUGAGCAGCCGGGAUUUGUGAAGGGGAGGCUGUCGAAUGGCGGCGCCGCUCAGGCCGUGGUGGUGAGCGGCGCCGUCACCGCCAUUGCCGCCGCCUCACCACCGCGGAGGAGGGUUUUCAGAGGGAAAUCUGUGAUGGAGAAUUCUCUGAUGAGAAAAGCUGUAAUUGAAGAAGAGGCAAUGAUGAUGAUGAAGAGGAGAAAUGAAUUUGCUUUCAUGCAGAGGAGGAAUUCAUUGAAGAGGCGGCAGAUUGGCCCUAGUCCUCUUAGUCGUGUUGCUUACAAUGAUAUUCGGUGUGAGUGAUGAUUUUUUUUUUUGGUUUACCCCCCUUUUCGUGCUUAUUCCGCAGAGGAAAUCUCUCUAACUUGGAAUCCCAAAUCUUAACGUUUAUAGAGGCGAGGUUUAAAUUGUAUGAGCUUAUUGUUCUGUAUUGUCCAUAUUUUUAAGAAGAAGAAGAAGAAGCAGCCCAUCUUUGGUAAUGGAUGGGAAGAAGAUGUGUUGCAAAGCCAAGCCCUUUAAUUUUUGGAUAUAUUUUGAAAGCCAAGCCUUCUAAUUUUUGGAUGUAUUGUGAAAUAUAUUUUCAUCAAUAUUUUGUUGGGAUUCUAUAUCA